GAUGUAUUUUGGAGGCGCACACGUUACAAUGGCAACAUGUUCGAAAAGUAGCGAAGCUGAUGAUGAAAUAAAUGAUCCAGGAGCUGCUCCUUAUGGCAACUUUAUAAACUAUUACACCUUCAAUCCUCCGGAGAACCGGUUGAGCCUGAUUCCUUCCGCGUUACUCCGGGAUUUAGGUUACAGGGACGGCCAGCAAACCACACUGGUCCUGGACGUUGGGUGUAAUUCAGGGGAUCUGAGUGUAGCCUUUUACAAGCAUCUGGUUCAGGAAGAGGAGCCAGAUAAGAGGAGAGUUCACCUCCUGGGCUUUGACCUGGAUGAGAUCCUGAUCCAGAGGGCUCAGCAGAACAACCCUCUGCCCAGCAGCAUCUCCUUCAUCUCCCUGGACAUCACCAAAGACACCGACCGGCUGCAGGAUUACCUCGACCAGCACGGCUGCUCCCGCUUCCACCUGUGUCUGUGCCUGGCUGUCACCAUGUGGGUCCACCUGAACCACGGAGACGCCGGCCUGCUGCAGCUGCUCUCUCGCCUGGCCUCCAUCAGCCAGCACCUCCUGCUGGAGGCUCAGCCCUGGAAGUGCUACCGCUCUGCAGCCCGGCGGCUGAGGAAGCUGGGCCGCUCAGACUUUGACCACUUUAAAACCCUGAAGAUCCGAGGGGACGUGGCGGAACAUGCCAGGGAGCACCUGGAGAGAAACUGUGGCAUGGAGCUCAUCCAGAGCUUCGGCAGCACCACGUGGGACCGCAAACUGCUUCUUUUCAAAAGGAGAUGAGACCGAAGGAGGGAUGGCGAGAGUUUUCAUCUGCUGCUGCAGGCACACGAUCAGGAAGAGAAAUCAACGAGGGUAGCAGGAGAAAAGAGAAGCUGAAUUGUUCAGAUGAUUGACAUUCAUUUUCAAUAAUUAUGACAGUGUAUUGUAAAAGUCACUUUCCAAGAAAAAACUGCCAAACAUUAGCUGGUUUCCAGUUUUACAAAUGUUUUACAUACUAAUUCAAAUGUCAACCAAAGCUGUGUUAUAAAAAGAUAACCCAGGUAUACAACCAGUUACUUUGUUUACAAUCCUUAAC